UCGUCGUCACAUCCCUCGUUCCAUGAGGAAUGUCGGGUCUGUCUGAGGUAAAAAUAACCCCAUCUCAUCUUCUGCCUGACAUGCUGCUCCAGCGAGGCUCAUAGUGGUGCGAGCAGCAGUAAUGUGAAGAUGGCUACAGAUUUGGGAGAGCUACUGGUCCCGUACAUGCCCACCAUUAGAGUACCGAGGACAGGAGACAGGGUUUUCAAGAGCGAAUGCGCUUUUUCCUACGACUCACCUGAAUCAGAAGGAGGUCUGUAUGUGUGUAUGAACUCAUUCCUGGGUUUCGGAAGAGAACAUGUGGAGAGACAUUACCAUAAAACUGGACAGAGUGUGUACAUGCACUUAAAACGACAUGUAAAAGAGAAAGCCACAGGUGCUGCAGGGGGUGCCAUACCAAGAAGAAGAAACGGAAAAGUAUUUUUAGAUUUAGAGCUUAACCGUGAUUUUAAUGGAGUUGAUUAUGAGUAUGAAGAUGAGGCAAAGCUUGUCAUAUUUCCAGACCACUUUGAGAUCCCUUUACCAAAUAUUGAGGAGUUGCCCGCACUGGUUUCAAUAGCCUGUGAUGCCGUCCUCAAUGCUUCAUCUCCAUACAAAAAGCAGGAGGCUGAUUCAUGGGAAGAGGAGAUCCAAGUAUCUAGACAUGCCAGAAGCCUUAGACAGCAGGAGAAUGGGGUUCGAAUUCCUCCCAGUGGCUGGAAGUGCGCCAAGUGUGAAAUGAGAGAGAACUUGUGGCUGAACCUGACGGAUGGCUCUGUUCUCUGUGGGAAGUGGUUCUUUGAUGGGAGUGGAGGGAACGGACAUGCCCUUGAGCACUACAAAGAAACCAACUUCCCUCUGGCAGUUAAACUCGACACAAUCACCCCAGACGGAGCAGAUAUUUAUUCUUUCGAUGAAGAAGAAGCGGUGCUUGAUCCUGACAUAUCAGAACAUUUGUUACACUUUGGAAUAGAUAUGCUGCAAAUGCAAAAAACAGAGAAUGGCCAUCAUACAGACAACCACGUGCAGCCACGUCUGAGUGACUGGGAAGUGAUUCAGGAGUCCAGUGUAAAGCUAAAGCCUGUCUAUGGCUCGGGAUACACAGGCAUCAAAAACCUGGGCAACAGCUGCUACCUGAGCACCACUAUGCAAGUGCUUUUCAGUAUUCCAGAGUUCCAGAGAGCGUAUGUUGGGAACCUACAGAGAAUAUUUGACUACUCACCCCUAGACCCAACUCAGGAUUUCAGCACACAAAUGGCAAAACUCGGUCAUGGACUUCUCUCAGGCCAGUACUCAAAACCUCCAGUUAAAUCAGAACUUAUUGAACAGGUGAUGAAAGAAGAAUACAAGCAGCAGCAAAGAGGGAUUUCGCCUAAGAUGUUCAAAGCGCUGGUCAGUAAAGGACAUCCAGAGUUCUCCUCAAACCGGCAACAAGAUGCUCAUGAAUUCUUUCUGCACUUAAUUAACCUGGUGGAGAGGAACAAUUCAGGCUCAGAGAACCCCAGCGAUGUGUUCCGCUUCUUAGUUGAGGAGCGAGUGAUGUGCUGUCAGACACAGAAGGUGCGGUACACACAGCGAGUGGACUACCUCAUGCAGCUUCCUGUACCCUUAGAGGCUGCCAGCAACAGAGAGGAGUUGAUAGCAUAUGAGAGUAAGCGACAGGAAGCUGAGGAGAACAUGCGGCCCCCUCCAGAGCCGGUGAGAGCCCGAAUCCCCUUCACUGCCUGUCUGCAAGCCUUCACUGAGCCUGAGAAUGUUCCAGACUUCUGGAGCUCUGCACUGCAAGCCAAGUCUGCUGGAGUCAAGACUUCUCGUUUCGCAUCUUUCCCAGAGUACAUGGUCAUGCAAAUAAAGAAGUUCACAUUUGGGGUUGAUUGGGUGCCCAAAAAGUUAGAUGUUUCUGUAGAUGUACCUGAUUUCCUGGACUUGAAUCGCCUCCGGGCCACAGGGUUACAGACUGGAGAAGCAGAACUGCCUGACCUUACACCUCCCAUUGUCAUUCCUGAAAAUACCAGAGGCACUACAACAAACAACUCUUUGGAAUCUCCAGAAAUAGAUGAAUCAUCCGUGAUGCAGCUGGCAGAGAUGGGGUUCCCUCUGGAAGCCUGUCGGAAGGCAGUGUACUACACUGGGAAUAUGGGGGCAGAGAUGGCCUUUAACUGGAUAAUAGCACACAUGGAAGAGCCAGAUUUUGCAGAGCCUCUGGCAAAUCCCACUUACAUGGAACCAGACCUUCCUGGUCCCAGCUUCCCUACUAUCAGUGCGCUGGGCAACCAACCUCCAGAAGAGAGCAUCUCCAUCCUCACCUCCAUGGGCUUCCCCAGACAUCACACAAUCCAGGCUCUCAAAGCCACAAACAACAACUUAGAGCGAGCUCUUGACUGGAUAUUCACACACCCAGACUGUGAGGACGAGAGUGAGGCUAUGUCAGACACGACAGACACAGAGCUGAACAAUAACAGCUUCUCAAACGCCAAUGCCCACAGCGACUCCUCGCUGUCUCCAGAUCAGGACCUGUCCAGCCCCCGUGUCAGAGACGGACCCGGGCGUUACGAACUGUUUGCUUUCAUCAGUCACAUGGGAUCAUCCACAAUGUCUGGUCAUUAUGUGUGCCAUAUAAAAAAAGAGGGCAGAUGGCUGAUUUACAAUGAUCACAAAGUAUGUUUGUCAGAGAGGCCCCCUAAAGACUUGGGCUACAUGUACUUCUACCGUCGCCUGUCAAGCUUCUAGAUCCGGACCUUCACAUCCUUACGCACAGCCGCUAGGCCAGAGAGGUGUGUGGGGCGCCACUGACACUGCUGGAAACUAGGGAAGCAUUUACAUCUGUGAGAUGGAGAGAGGACCUCUCAGUCCCUGCCAAGACCCACUCAUACCACAGGAACUGUCCAGCAGGGAAAAUAAGAUGUGUCAUCUGUCUGAGUUUUGUUUAUAUGUUCGUCUUGUGCUUUAUAGGUACAGUGGGGCGUGUGCAAUUUAAGGUAUGCAGAUUAUUUUCCUAAUAUAUUCUCAAAUUCUUAUAUAUUUCUCUUUGAACACUUUAAGCUCCUGUGCCAGUAUUUUCAAGAAAUGCUUCUUUUUAAAAUAGAAUGUGUGCCUGCAUUUACAAAUGUUUUUACUGCCAUCUCAGCAGAAUGUACUCACUGCAGUUCCUUUGGGUUUUACAGUAGUUCAACAACAACAAAAAAUCAGAAUGGAUUUCAGAUACACAUCAUGCUUAAUGGAUUCGUUGAAGCUGCAGUCGAUCCAGAACAUAAUGUUAUUAUUUGACAAAACUUUUUUUUUUUAAUCAUGCCCGACCUUAAGCCAUCCAAGAUGUUGAUGAAUUAGUUUUUUCAUCGAAACUUAUUUGGAGAAAAACUGCAUUACAACACUUGCUCACUUGCAGUGAAUGGGUGCCAUCAGAAUGAGAGUCCAAACACCAAAUGACAGCAUCACAAUCAAUUCAUAAGUAAUCCACACAACUCCGGUCCAUCAAUUAACAUCUUGUGAAAUAAAAAAGCUGCAUGUAUGUACGAACCAUGCACUUCGUAACAUGUUAAUUGAUGGACUGGAGACAUGUGUAAUGCUUUUAUCAGCUGUUUGGACUCUCAUUCUGACGGCACCCAUUCACUGCAGAGGAUCCACUGGUGAGCAAGUGAUGUAAUCCUAAAUAUCUCUAUAACUCUGUUACGAUAAAAAAAAACUAAUUAAUCUACAUCUGGCCUGAGAAUGAGUCAAAUUUCAUUUUUGGAUGAACUAUUCCUUUAAUGGAGGUGAAUUCUGAACAAUUUUGUUCAGUUUCCAUACCUUUAGGCAGAAGAGAACUUGUACUUUUAAGUUGUUUUUUUUUUUUUUCAUAUUCAAGAAGAUAUUCCCAUUGGCUUUAAGAAUAUUUCAUUUGUACAAUAAUAUCACAUUCAUCUUUACGUUAGCUUUCAGUCAGUCUGUGAUAGCUGAUCAGAAAAUGCAAUGAUAUCACAUAUUCAUGCAAUGUUUAAGUGCUUUACUUUGAUCAUAUCUUUAGCAGUUUAAAGACCGGGAUGCAUUUGAAAUCGGUCCGUUUCAUUGAUUUCCAGUCUUAAAGAAUGUAAAACUAUUUUAUCACGUACCCAAGCAAUAUGUGAUGACAUACUGCAUAUAGAGCAGCAUUAUAUGCAGUGUCAUACAUAGAACUAUCUCAGAUACAUGUAUGUAUUGGUGCUCGGUGUUACCAAAUCUCAAGCUUUAUGACAUAUCUGACAAACUUGGCUCCGCCUCCAACAUCCUUUACCGAUUUCUAAUCUUUAGACAUAUCAAUUAUCUGCUGAAAAAUAUAUUUCUAUUGUGCACUACCUGUUAUGUUGGGAGUUCAGUGUCUUUUGUCCCUUUACCUUGUGCGUCUGUCUUUCUUUGGCUUAUCCAUGCGAGGUUUUCUCACUCUUUUUUUCCUUCGCUUUCUUACUUUGAAUGAAUAUUCAUACCCAUUUCCUCCUGCUUCUUUUUCUCUCUUUUUUCUAACUGUUCUUUUUGUCUCAACACUGGGUGUGAAAGUGGAUGCUUUGACUUCACCUUUCUCACACAUGCAUUGAUUUAUAAAAAUUGUUUUCAGUAUGUGCACUAAAAAUUAGUCGGUUGACAUUUUGCAAUAUUUUAAUGAUCUUUAGUGGAUUCUGUUUUUCAUGGAACUGAAGGUCAAGUUAUACGUUUUUAUUGUUGAUUUUGUUUUUGCAAAAAAAUGUGUGCCAAUUCUGUAGUUACUAUACAAACUUGCCCACUUGUUUGUUAUAAUUUUUUUUUAUGGAUUUUCUGAUCCUUAUAUUGUUUAGAAACAAAUACGGCAAAUGUGGGAAUCAUCAUUCGAAAUUUGUUCAGACAUGCUUGUGACUCAUAAUGUUUGGAUUGUUUAAUAAAAUCCACAAUUGUU